GCAUGUGUCACUGCUGAGGAUUAAAGCCCCCAUAGGCUCUGACACACACGUCACUCAGAGUCUCCUUUCAGCUGCGGCAAAACUGGGUCGCCUGACAAGACGUGAGGGACACUCUCGUGCUGCGCAGACCAGAUCCAAAGCUCUUUGGAAAAAGAAAAGAGGAAUUAGCAAGUCUUUCCAGGGCUGUCUUCAGAAUGAACUUUUGCUUUUAAGAACCAACGUCAACUCAGCUGACUUAUUUGGGGGAAGAAACUGCUGUGGGCUUUCCCUCCAAGUCACCGCCUCCUGCAAGGCCAGCCAUCUCCAAGUGUCCCCAAGAUGAAGAAAGGAGAUGGUAGAGUCGCCCCUCGAGGAUGCUGACUCCGUGCUGAGAAGCGGGACCACUUCACACAAGGAAGAGCAGUCUCCAAGCACUCUGCCUUCAAAUAGCACAACACAGAUGCUGUUGGGAGACUUCCUCACUUGGCCAGCCUUUCAACUAUUGGCAGUGCAAGUCUAGUCAGGAGAAUAUGAAACUGUUACUCAGGUUUGUUUGUUUUACAGCUGUACUGAUUUCAUCUCUGGAAGCUGACCUGUGUGAGGUACGGACAGAACGAGUGAUCUUAGUUUCAUCUGCAUGUGAAAUUGGUGUUCGUUCCUGUUUUCUUAACCCAAAUGAAAAGAAAGGCCCUAUAAUUUGGUAUAAAAAUGACAGCAAGACACCUAUAUCUAUGGAUGUAGGUGCCAGGAUUCAUCAGCACAAAGAUGAACUUUGGUUUGUUCCCGCCAUGGUGGAGGAUUCGGGAUAUUACUUUUGCACCGUGAGGAAUGCAACUUACUGCCUCAAAAUUAAAACAACCAUUAAGUUUGUACAGCAUGAACCUAACUUGUGUUACAACACAGAAGCUAUCUUUACGCAGAGACUACCUGUUGCAGCAGAUGGACAACUUGUGUGUCCCUAUAUGGACUUUUUUAAAGAUGAAAAUAAUAAGUUACCAAAAAUACAGUGGCAGAAGGAUUGCAAACCUCUGCUUCUUGACAAUAUACACUUUAGUGGAGUGAAAGAUAGACUCAUUAUAGCAAAUGUGACUGCAGCUCAUAAUGGGAAAUAUACUUGUGGAAUAUUCUACAUGUACUUGGGAAAGCAAUAUCGUGUUACCCGGGUUAUAGAACUGAAGACUAUAGAAGAAUACAAGCCUCUGAGGCCUGUGAUUGUGAGUCCAGCUAACGAGACGGUGGAAGUAGGGCUGGGAUCCAAGCUGCAAUUAAUCUGCAAUGUCAGUGGCCUGUUUAGUGACUCUGUCUUCUGGAAGUGGAAUGGGUCAGCAAUUGACGAGGACGACUCCGUGCUGGCAGAGGAAUAUGUGCUAGUAAAAAAUCCUUCAGAAAGAGGAAAGGAUACAGUCAUCGACAUUCUUAAUAUUUCAAAAGUGGAAAGUAGGUUUUAUCUAUAUCCAUUUACUUGUAUAGCCAGGAAUACAGAUGGCCUAAGUUCAGCAUAUAUCCAAUUAAUACAUCCAGUGCCUGAUUUCAGGAAGCACACGAUUGGUAUAUUUGUCAUGUUAACAGUAAUAAUUACAUGCUCUGUUUUCAUCUACAAAAUCUUCAAGGUUGACAUUGUGCUUUGGUACCGGGAUUCUUGCUAUGAUUUUCUCCCCAAAAAAGCUUCAGAUGGAAAGAUCUAUGAUGCUUACAUACUAUAUCCAAAGACUCUUGGGGAAGGGUCCACCUGUCCCUCGGAUAUUUUUGUGUUUAAAGUCUUGCCUGAGGUCUUAGAAGAACAGUAUGGAUAUAAACUGUUCAUUUAUGGAAGGGAUGCCUAUGUUGGAGAAGACAUUGUUGACGUCACUAAUGAAAACAUAAGGAAAAGCAGAAGACUGAUUAUCAUUUUGGUCCCAGAAGCAACAGGAUUGGGCUGCCUGGGGAAUUCAUCUGAAGAGCAGAUAGCCAUGUACAAUGCUUUUGUUCAGGAUGGAAUUAAAAUUGUCCUGCUCGAACUGGAGAAAAUCCAAGACUAUGAGAAAAUGCCAGAAACCAUUAAAUUCAUCAGGCAGAAACAUGGGGCCAUACGCUGGUCAGGGGACUUUAGAGAGGGGUCAUGGUCUGCAAAGACAAGGUUCUGGAAGAACGUCAGAUACCACAUGCCAGUCCAGCGGCAGCCCCCUUCAUCCAAACCCCAGUUUCUGUCCUGGGCCACAAGGCCAGACUCUAAGAAAACGCUGCAGAAGGAGGUGCAGGUGCCUCUCGGGUAGCUUGGGAGAAGCUCGGCCCAGAGUUCCUUGGGUGACUCCCGUCUUCGGGCAUUGUAGGCUGGGCUGUGCCCCCACUGACCGUACAGUCAUAAAAUGCACCUGUGGCGUCCCUUAUCCCUGAGGUCAUCUGGAAUCAGAUCGUUAAGGGAACAGAAUGUGGUGGUGAUAGCAGGUCAGCCCAAUUCAGAACCGAGGACUUGGAAAUCCUUUCAGAAAGCAACAGAUGCCCUGCCUGAGUUUUUGGACUGCUAACAGGCACCGGGACCGCAAAUGAGAGGGAAGAACUAGCAGGAAAUAUUUAGCAUCUAUAAACGGUUUUAUGAAGUUGUCUACAGUCCAAGGGCGGGUCCGUGGCCCAGUUCGGGUACUGCCUGGUCCCUUGCCGCCCC